CGUUCCCUUCCAGAGCGGACAUUUUGUUUGCUUUUGGAUUAACCCACCAGGUUGGUCCGUUUCGCAGAGAGGUGACACGAGAGGGAAAACACUGGAGGAGGCGUUGUCUCCCCUGAGCUGAGGCGGGCCUGAGGGUCGCGUCCUCGCACUCGCCGAUCGUUAAUGACCCUCUCCUCUCCCUGCGCCUUCUCGGGUCCGCAGGUUCGGGUGGAGGCGGCCCCACUGACGGACGAGGCGCAGGUUCCCACGAACUCAGAAGUAAUUAUGGACCCUGUGCAGGGGCAGGUGAACUUUGAGGACGUGGCCGUGUACUUCUCCCGGGAGGAGUGGGGGCUCCUUGAUGAGGCUCAGAGGCUCCUGUACCGCGAUGUGAUGCUGGAGAACUUGGCACUUACGGCCUCGCUGGGAUAUGAAUCUUCCAUGUCCCUCGGGGUUGCCUCACUGGAGCUGGGCGGCAAGCCCUGGGUAUCUGACUGGGCAGACGUUACUCCAGCCAGGACCAGAGAGGCUCAGGGUUCUUGGCAUGGAACGGAGGACGAGGAGACAGCUGUUGAGCAGAACAUUUCUGUGGGUGUGUCACAGGUCAGGACUCCCAAGGCAGGCCCUUCUACCCAGAAGGCCCACCCCUGUGAGACUUGUGGCCCACUCUUGAAAGACAUUUUGCACUUGGCUGAGCCCCAGGGAACACACCCUGGGCAGAAAUCAUACACAUGUGGGGCAUGUGGGAAACAGUUCUGGUUCAGUGCAAACCUUCAGCACCAGAAGCAGCACAGUGGAGGGGAACCCUUCAGAGGGAACGAGGGCGGCACCUUGCUUGUGGACAGCUGCCCUGUCGAACCAUUGGAGAUGCCUUUUAUGACCGGGAAGGGUUAUAAGGACUUCCCAACUAGCUCAAGCAUUUUCCAGCACCGUGCCCCUCAUAGCAAUUGGAAGCCAAACGGUAACGCCAAAUGUGUGGAGGCCUUUCACAGUGGACAAAGACAUUACGAGUGCAGCGAAUGUGGGAAGGUCUUCAGCCGCAAAGACUCACUUGUCCAGCAUCAGAGAGUCCACACUGGAGAAAGGCCUUAUGAGUGCAGCGAAUGUGGGAAAACCUUCAGCCGCAAACCCAUACUUGCUCAGCACCAGAGAAUCCACACUGGAGAAAUGCCAUAUGAGUGUGGCAUAUGUGGGAAAGUUUUCAAUCAUAGCUCCAACCUUAUUGUACACCAGAGAGUCCACACUGGAGCAAGGCCUUACAAGUGCAGCGAGUGUGGGAAAGCCUACAGCCACAAAUCCACACUUGUUCAGCAUGAGAGCAUACACACUGGAGAAAGGCCUUACGAGUGCAGCGAAUGUGGGAAAUACUUUGGUCACAAAUACAGACUCAUUAAACACUGGAGCGUCCAUACUGGGGCAAGGCCCUAUGAGUGCAUUGCCUGCGGGAAGUUCUUUAGCCAGAGCUCUGACCUUAUUGCGCACCAGAGAGUUCACAAUGGUGAAAAGCCCUAUGUGUGCAGCGACUGUGGAAAAGCCUUUAGCCACAAACAUGUACUUGUUCAGCAUCAUAGAAUUCACACUGGAGAAAGGCCAUAUAAGUGCAGUGAGUGCGGGAAGGCCUUCAGGCAAAGAGCUUCCCUCAUCCGACAUUGGAAAGUUCACACUGGAGAAAGGCCUUAGUAUAGUAGGGAGUAUACCGUUUCCUUGUGCAACAUAGCAACUGACACUAAAGAGAAGCUCUGAGAUUAGCCUUCCGUGAGUAGUCAUCAGCUGGAAGUUGAACCUCAUACGUUUAAACAUCCACCCUGGGGAGGUUGAGUCAGAAGCUUUCUGGUACAGUGUUGUACUUUAUAACAUGCCCAGGACCUUUGCCAGAAUUCUGUGGCCACCAGUGUCUCUGAAGAAAAACCAGCCAUGUAUGGAAGGGCAGAGUCCCACAUUGCACAAGUCACCCCGACGUGCUCUGAUAGGCAGAUCUCUGCUGCUCCUCCCUUUCCUAGAGGGAAUCCUCAGUAGUAGAGCCCAUUAAAAAUCCUCACUCCUUCCUGCCUUUGCCUCCAUCAGCUUGUUUAAGCAAGGACAUGACUCAGUUUUGGUCAUAAGCUUGCAAGCUUUGUUCUGCUGGCUGUUUGCAGAGAGGGUUUCCAUUUUUCAUGGACUUUGUUAGUCCCAUUUUGCACUUAACAAUGGAUUUAUCCAGUCUCCAAGUCACCUACUUUGGGAAUUGCCUGCCUCACGCUGUUCUGUUUUUGCGAGCAAUACCUUAGUUUUCCAACUACCUUUAGUCUUAGGGACUCUGUUCACUCUGUGGGUUGUACUGAGAACAGGAUUGGGCUCUGCCGGCAUGAAGGGAGGAACAGGUUUUGUGAGAACUCCAAAUGCGUCUCAGUGGUGGUAGCAGAAUGGCAAAGAACGGCUCUCGUUUUAGUUUUAGUCUAACUUGCAUCACUGCUCAAGGCUGUCUGUGAAAGAAUACUGAUGUUGGUGGGUCUAAUAUUUUGGCCUGUAUUCCAAGAUUAUUUGUGUAAUCAAGGUCACCCCGAGUAGUGGGCAGUUGUUGUGACAGUCUCUGGUGUUCUGGGAGCAGUUUGAAUUGAUUCCCUUGUUCCAGAGGGAUGUUUUAUGUUCCCAUAUUUUCUUGAGGAGAACUUGGCCCCUUGAGACCUGCGAAUGGCCCUGAAAUCUACUAUUAGUAGGAAGAUGUCCCUGUCCCCUAAAAAGACUAGGUAGGAAUCGUGAUUGGUACGGGGACACUGAUUAAUAGGGAAUUGGGAGCAAACUGUAGGGAAUGUGACUCUUGUAAAGGUAUAUCCACAUGUUUCCAUCACUGUGACUUCGGUAUGAGGGCUCAUGGAAAUUCUCAGGAUUCCCGUAUUUGUGUCUCUUACGGCUACUGUCACUGUCAGCAACCUACAUUUUCUGCAAUAAACUGUACUUAUUUAUAGUAUACAAUUCGGUUAGUUUUGAUAACAUGUUUGCAUCUGUGAAAGCCAAGUUUUCUGAUUUGCCCUCCAGUCCCUCUCCUCCUUACCCAUUCCUAGGCAACCACCCAUCUUGCUUUCUGUCAAUGCAGAUUUUAUUUCCUAGGAUUUUAUAUGGAAAAAUAUACGUCUAUAGGUAACACUUUAA